AUGUUCCUCGGCUCCCAGCCGGCAUCGGUCAUCUACCGGAAUCACAUGUUCCUCGGCUCCCAGCCGGCAUCGGUCAUCUACCGGAAUUCUGACUUUCAUCGGUGCACCGGUAACAACUUUCAUGAAACAUGCAGCGGCGGGGGACGAUCGUGCCACCCUACGUACGAUACUUUAGCGCGCUAACCACUAGGCCACGACCGCCCCGCUGUCCGACAGCAUGUCAGCGCAACAUAAUGCUGGCCUGGCAGUUUCACUCAAGGCGUCUUCAAUUUCUCAGUGGUCAUGACUGAAAAUUUGAAGUCAAACAGAUAUUUCAAGUUUUUCAAAAAUCUUCUAUCUAUUGUUGAAACUGCAUAGAUUUUGUAUGCACUAAGAAUAACUGACGAGAUAAACGCGAGCUCGGUGGCGGUACAUUGACGAACUCGCAAAAAUGUCGCUUUUUUCUAGGCGCGAUCCCGCAUUUCUCUCGGCGCGACCUCGCAUUUUUCUCGGCGCCAUCUCGCAUUUAUCUUGCAUUUCGGAAAUUUUCAAAUUGCGAGAGAAAUGCGAGCUCGCGCCUAGAAAAAUGCGAGCUCGCGCCCAGACUAAUGCGAGACCGGCGCGAGAAAAAAAGCGAGAUGUUUGCGAGCUCGUCAAUGUACCGCCAGUGUCUCGCGUUUAUCUCGGCAGUUAUUCUUAGUGUGACUGAAAAUAACACUGAAAAAAAGCAGCUUUCUUACUUUUUAAAAAGUUAAAAAAAUUUUUUUAAACUCAGUUAUUUUUUUCGCAGCUGUUGAGACUGAAACUUGUAUGCCAAAAUUUUAAUCUGUUAAAAAAAAUUCUCUGGGUUAUUCAAGUCUCCAAUUUUUCUGCUUUUCAUUGCUGCUUUCAAUUCUGAAAUAGUAUAGCAUCAUUAUAACUUGAUUACUUUGUGAGAUCUUCUGAUGUUUUUUUUUUCCAUACCAAGAUGGUAAGGAUAGAUCUUUUUGUGUGCUCCUAUAACUAUACUUUUUUUCAGAAAAAAAUUUUUUUCUUGAACAAUUUUUUUACUCUUUGCGCAAUCUCAACAAUCCAAGAAGAAAACUUGUCGGGUCAAAAUAAUUCCAAGAAUAUCAAAACAAUUACAGGCUUCCCGAAAACUUCUUUUUCUUUUUCCACUCUCUGACGGCCGUUUCUAGGCAAUUUUACUUUUUGUGAUGUUAAUUAUUUACAUCAAUCAUUAAGCUUUUGCGAUUUGACUUCAACUUUGCUUUUCGAGAAUUCUCAGUUUCCAAUCGCUGUCGUCAGUUUCAACGUCUGCGUCGCACCCAUCCAGCACUGGCGCCAAUUCGAAUUUUUCAAAAAGUUUACUCAUGAGUAAAGAUUUUGCAAAGAGUUUUUAAUUUUUCUAAUUUUUUAACAGAAAGAAAAUUUUUAUUUUUUAUUAAAUUGACAUAUCUCAAUGUAUUUUUGGUUUGAAUUUUUGUAUAGACAGUUAAAUUUGCAAGCGAAACCUGUUGAAAAAAGGUUUCGUUUCGUUCUUAAUUUCUAAACAAUUUUUAAUUUUUUUUUUUCGGACGAUUUCUCAAUAUUCUCUUUUUUCAGAGGAUGGAAGUUCUCGUUCAAGGAACUGUCAACGCCCUUGGAUACUUAGAAGAUGGCAAGUACUACAGGGAACCGGAUUGUUAUGGUAACUUAAACAACAACAAAAAAGACAUGGAUUUAAUCUCAGAAACUAUGCGAGAUCUGAUCCGAUAUCUCCGAAGCGACACUCCAACUCUCACAGCCCGUGUCGAAUGUGGUCGUCAUAACGUCAUUUCGCAGGAUUUGAUUCCUAUCCUGAAAACUGACGACCUAACGUCGGAAAUGUUCGACGUUGCCGUUAGGUGUGACCACCAAUUUUCUGACCUCAAAAGCCAACUUAAGGCUUCUGGUGAACCUUUGUCAGCCCGCCAUUGCAAGUAUGCAAGGCAAAACUCCAGAGGACCGAGAGCAGUGGCAGCUUUAUUGGGCUCUUGAGGAAAAUCUCCUUCGAGCCAAAUCUGCCUUUGCCGAUCCAGAAUUCUUCCGAGUGUUGAAAGGAAAGUUGGAAACUUAUUUCCUAAAAACGGUCAGCUUUUAUCUUUCACUAAGAAUAUAUAUAAAUCUCCUUUCAGGAUUGGGAAGAUCGGGAAGAGGACUCCCGACUUCUGAUGGAGAGGAUAAUUCUCCUGAUACGCUUUGUUUUCUCCAUUCGCCCUACCGGAAACGACCUCAGAGUACUAUUUUUGAGAACUUUUUAGAGAUGAUUUAAAAAUUUCAGAGUUAUUUCGACACUUCUCACGACAAACUCGUUUCUGCUUUCCUUACUGCCGGCUUAGAUGAGGUGAACAUAAAGAAAGCAGAGAAAAAAUUAUAAUUGUUCAGGUUCUUAUUCAAAUCGCAUCGGAGCCAAAAGAAAAAGAGUUUCAUGUGGCCAUAGUCGAUAUAUUUGCAUUAUUAUUGAAAGAACAUGUAGGAAUUUUAACCAAUUUUUUGGAAACUUAGAAACUUUAGACGCCUGAGGAGUUGUUGACGACGAACGAAGAAGUGUUGGCGGCGGAAAGGAAAGCGGCAGAAGAAGAGCUGCGAGCCGCCCGCGAACGGGAAUCUGUGAAAGUAUUACAGCGUCGACAGUCGCUUUCUUCCCGACAUUCCAGGUUCAAAAUGACAUUUUCAUUAUCGUCAAAAGCUCUUUCAUCUUAGAUUUGGAGGUUCUUAUGUCGUUAAGGGAAUGCAGUCAUUGUCGUCGAAGUCCGAAAUGAUAGUGUUGAAGUGAGUUUUCUGCCCCGCGUAGGAAGCAUGUUUUCCUGAAGAAAUGUCUUUGAUCCAUCAAAAAUUCAUUUUUUGAAGGUUGAUGAUCUCUCAAUAAGUUUCUUGUUUGAAGAUGUUUUUCUAUCGAUGUUCCCUCAUCAAAAAACUUUCGAAGUAUUUUGUUACCUCAUUAUUUUCUAAUCUUAGGCCGGUCCAGGCAGUCAGCGACUUGAAGUUUCUUGACGAGCGUAAAAAGAAGAAAAGAAUUGCGAAGAAUCGAAGGUUUCGUUUUUCUUUAUUUUCCCCAUAAAUGUUCUUUUCAGACCAUUCGAAAUCGAUCAAAACACCCACGAAACAACUACAGAGCUGCGCCGGUUGCUCAGUCAAAUGGUCGAGAGAAUUAUGGAGAAAUGUUUCCUGCGAAUCAUGAAAUCGGCCAAGCAAAUGGUCUUCGAAAUCCGAGCAGCUGGGCACAGAAAUUCGGAGAUCAACUAUUUCUUUUUGAUGAAAUUUGUUCUCCGCUUCUGUCGCCUUUCUGGAAAAUCUCUGCAAAAGGUUUUUGGUGGUUCCAUUUUCUUUCAGGAAGAAUGAAUAAUGAUUUUAAAAAAUUUUCUGAGAAACAUCAGGCAAUGAUUUAUUAUAUUUAGAAAAAGGAAAUGUUCGAAUGAUUAUGUUUGAGGUGAACUGCUGCAUUGGAGUUGAAGCUUUUCACGAAGUCCAGCUCAAACUCGACAACUAUUUGGAGAGCACGAGCGUUUUGAAAGGCAACGAGGCCAAGUCGAUGGGGCUCAAGGCCCAAUACGCCCUCUCCGCCUUCAACGAACUCAUUUUACUGUUCGUCUCCUUUUCUGCUCAUGAAUAUUUCAUCACAACGAUUCCAGACACCAAUACGCCGCUGAUAAAGGAAACGAGGAAGAGAAAAACGACGGCAAAGGUGCGAUCCAACACAUUCUCCGAGUGGAGGAAUACCGCGAACUGUCUCCUUUGCUCUUUUCGAAGUUCUCUGUAAGUUCCCAUCUUUCUGCUCACCAAAGAGAAACUUCCAGCCUGGCGUUUUGUCGAAAAACUUCCUCCGAGAACUCAUCACGACUACCCACAACUACCUGCGUCUCCUAGAGAAGUCCUCGAAAAAAGGAGAUUUGAAAAGUGUGACGAAAAGGACGAAAAUCAGAAAGCCGAAAACCAAAAGUAAAGUUUUCAGCCCAAGUUCAACGAUAAUUUGAUUUGGUUCAGAAAGAAACGCAGGCUCUCAAGCUGGGAUCGACACUAUGAAACAGACGGAGCUGGACGAGCUCUGGAAGUCGAUCGAAAAGGAGUUGCAGGGUGUUUUGACGGGAUUCGCCUUGGAAGAAGAAGUCACACCCUUGAAUGUGGUUCUGGACGUCGAAGAAAUUCAGCAUCAGUGGGAUUUUUCAAUGAUUAUAUUCUGAAUUCUGUAUAUUUUGUUUUUGAAUGAAAAAAAAAACGAUUCUGUCUUGAAAAAGGUCGGAUUCAGGCAGUUCGCCAUGCUUUCUGUGCAGCGAAGCAUCCGGUCGCAACUUCUGACCGACGCCUUGAAACUCUACCGAUCGGCCCGGAAAUGGUGGCCCGACCAAGGUGACGUUAGAAUGCAUUCAAAAGUUUACCAUAGUAUUGUUCUUUUUUUGAUAUUACUUUCAUUUUUUUCGAAGAAAAUGCGUCUGAAUUUCUAUUAUUUUUUUUUUCUAAGACUAUCUUCAACUGUUUUGAAAUUGAGACCUGCGAGCAGGUUUUUGGAAAUAUCCUUGCAUUUAAGGUUUUUGUGAUGAGUUUAUCAGAGUAUUCGAUUCUUCUUUUUUUGAAAGGUUAUCUAAUAAAAACUUCAUUAUUUCUUCCAGAAUUUUUCAACUUUUUUUCUUAGAUUCUUUUCACUGAUAUAUUUUCUUGGAACUGUGGCCAGCUUUGACUGAUGAAAUUCUCUUCCAGGACUUUUCGGAACAGAAGGAAUUCCGGUCGGAGAAGAACUCAAAGAACUGCGCGAGAUUUUCUUCGCAGACCUUUCUGAAGUUUUUCCCAAACAAAAAUCCUUAAUAUCCAAGUUUUUUCCAGGUUAUCGAAGGUUUGAAAAAAGCAGAGACCGAUGCUGGAGUGGAUCAAAAUGAAGAAGACGAAGAGAAAGAGAGUGACGUGGACGAAGAAGAUGAAGAAGACAAACCCGCUUAUAACGUUUCUGAGGUUUUUUCUUUUUUUCUUUUUGGAGUUUUUUUACCAAUUCCUUUUUCCAGAUUGCUUUCGAUUUCGACAAUUUCGUCGCAAAAUAUGCAAAAAGCGACGUCCUUCAAUGGUUGGCUUUUCUUCGUUUUUCAUUCCUUACAUUAUGAAUUUGAAGGUAUGUUUACGUUUUGGCCGAUUUCAAGAAAAACAGUGUCGAGCUGAACAAAGCCAUCGUCAAAAUGCUUCAUCGGAUCGCAUUUGAUUUGAAAAUGACCAGUCGAAUCUAUCAGGUUUUUAUUCAAAAAUCGAAAAUUUGAAAGAAAAAGGAUUGCAGUUAUCUCUGUUCCGGGUUUUCUCGCAAGUUGGAGAAUAUUUUUCCUGUUUGCCAAAGGAAGAGCACAAAAGUAGCCCCUUUUUCGAACUUCAUACUUUUGGAUUUCACGUUUUGAAAAAGUUUGUGUUUUUUUUUCAUUCUGCUAGGCAUAAUAACCAUUGAGCGGACGUAUUUUUUGUCGGCUUUCUUUCUUUAAUAAAAAUCUUUCCCUUAUAUAUAUCCAUUGGAUUGGAAAAGAAAAACUAAGACUGUACGCUUACAUAUUUCUGUGGUUAAAGUCUAGCAAAAAUCAGGAUAAUAUGAGGAAGGAAAUAAUCUUUAACUAACCAAAUUAUAAAUUUUGUCGUUUUCGUUCUCAAUUUUCUCACAAGGGAGAAAGUUUCAGUGUGAAGUUUCGGAAUUCCCAAUUCCUGGAAAUUUUAUUUUUUCUGAGCUUGUUCUGAACAACUGGCCGACAACUAGGAAGAUUAAUAAUUUUUUAUUCGUAAAAAUUGACGUUUUUUAAGAUUUUUCACUGCCUAUUCGACUCUACAAGACAAGCUGGUAGUGGAGGUGUUGUUUUGGAAGAAUGCGAGGGAAAGUUAUGAGAUCGAUCAUGGCUACGGAUCUUUCGAGUAUUUUUGAGCAGUUAUUCUCGAUAUGGAUAUAAUUUUGGAGACAAGACCGAGAGACAGAGGCGCGGGUUUGGACGGAAGAACUGGAAGAAGAAGCCAAACAUCUCUAUGAGGAGUACCGCGACAUGGAAGAACGGCCUGCUGGUUCGUAAUUUCGGUUUUUGGCGGUAUUCGGAAGGAAAUAGAGGAAACCUGUGGCAUUUCCAAAAGUUCAUGUCGAGUAAAUCGUAAUUUGUGAUUUUUUUAGAUAAAAUCACAGGAAUUAUCAUUAAAAAAAGCGAAAUCCUAAUGAUGUUCAUGUUAAGGUAAAAAAACUUCAACCAAAAAAAUGGAGUGGAGAAAAAAAUAAAAUCUUUUUUUAACUGGAUUUUCGAACCAAAAAAACCAAUCAGGAUCGGGGAACACUAAACUCAGUAUUUCGAGUCAUAUUCUCCAAAAUAGCACGUUAAAUUUCGAAUAUACUUUACAUAACGCCAUGAACAACUUUUUUUGUAAAUCUUUCAAAAUAUUAAGUCUUUUAGUCUUUCGCAUGAUAUUUUCUUUAUUCCAUUCGAAUCCUAGCAUAAUUUAAAUUCUCUUACUUUUGUAGAUAUUGACGUCCUCGACUUCAUCGAGCACAACCUCAGUCGCGGCAGGACCAGGAAACAGAUUUACAAGAAGCUCAAGGAAUUCGGUCUCGACACUCUUGGCGCCAAAUCUAACAAGUUUGUUCUGUUUCUUUUAUUUAAGCUUUUUUCUUUCAGAGGAAGUGGCGAUUCAAAUCUUCCUGUUCUUGAGCUCAAAAGAGUUCACGAUGAGUGGAACUCUCGAGAAGAUAAGGACAAGGGUAAUGGUUGACCUUGACGUUUAAAAGUUAAUAAUUUAAAAUUUUCCAGUCGAUUUGGUCAAUUUGAUUUGUGAGCAACUCUCCGAGUCGUAUGGAACGGUUUCCCGGUCUAAAGUCAUCAAACAGCUGGCUUUCGCGGAUAUUCUUUACGAAAAACCCAAGAAACCAAGAAGGUUCCCAAACAAAAAAAAAAACUUUUUUCGAAAUUGUAUUUCCACUAAGGUUACCAGAGUGGCCGGAAGAUUUGAUCGCCGAGCUGACUAAGCUUAAAGAACAAUACGAAGAAAUCGACUAUGCCGAGCAGCUUUGUAAUUUAAAAAGCAACUUUCAAAAAAAAAUGAGAAGAAAUUUUUUAAGUGGGCUGUAACAUUGUCCAGUACAUUCGGAAAAAGUUGAGCGAGAAAAAGCCGACGUCGCAUAUCGAAAGGUUCCUAGAGUCGAUGGGGGUUUCUGUUCCUCAACGUCCGCCCAAAACUAAGUUUCAGUGUUCGUAGAGAAAAAAGUGAAUAGGAAAAAUUUUCAGUAAAAAAUCAACGAAGAAAAUCAUCGUCACCAACUCAGACGAUGAAGAGGAAGACGUCGAACCGCCACAGUCCGAUGUAACUUUUCUUCAUUGUUUUCAAUUGAAAACUGUUUCAAUUUGAGGUAGAAAGCGACCACGAGGCUAUCAUUCGUGACGAUGAGGAUGUGGAUGAUGUGAGUCCCAAUUUUAAUGUUUUCCGAUGAAGAAACAUUUUUUCAGGAAGCUGAGGCUGUCAAAGAACCGGUUGUCUCGAAAAAAGUCGAAGAAUCUCCAAAGAAGAACAAUCAUUUGAAGGAACUUUUAGCAAAGGUUCUUAUUUCUUUCUGGCGAAAUAGAAAAGCGAAAUACAAAAUUGAUGAAUUGUCUUUCAAGGUCGCCACGGACCCUACUAACACACUGCAAAAUCGACUUAAGUCAAGAAAAAGACAGUUUGCGCAGUUGUUUGACAGUGACAACGAAUCGAGCGACGACGAUGAGAUCGUGCUCUCCCAGGUUCAAUGAUUUUCUUUCUUGAUUUUGUAGUUAUCAGAAAAAAAUAGAGGUUUCAUUUUUAAGUUGAAAAAUUAUUAGAACCGAAAUACGGGAGAAGAGGAACCAGAAAGUCGCCAAUCAAGCAAAUCUCCUGACGCAAGUUCGGUGCAACAGGUCAAGAAAGCCCCGAGGAUUAUCACUAGCUCCGAUGAGGAAGACUAA